AUGGAGUUGUCAUCGGACCAUGGCGAUCCACCGAUCGAUGCUUCCAAGCCCUUCCAAGGAGUCGUCGUCUGCUGCACCAGCAUCGCGCCGGAGCAAAGGACGCAUAUAGCCAAGAUAACCGUCGAACUCGGUGGUAUUCACAAACACGACCUCACACCAGACAUCACGCACUUGAUUGUCGGCGAAUACGACACCGCUAAGUAUCGCCAUGUCGCUAAGGAACGGCCAGAUAUCAAGCCCAUGGCAGCCGGCUGGGUCGAGGCGAUGAAGGAUCUUUGGAUAAAUGACCAGCCAAUCGACUUCACAGCUUUGGAGAAUGAGUGGUCUUUGAAAGUCUUCGAAACUUGUGGCGAGGAGAUCAAUGCGCAAGGCCAGCUUGGUGACCGCGGCAGGCUUCUUUGCUGUCUAACAGGCUUUGAUGACCCCGACGAACGUCAGUCGAUCAUCGAAAAAAUCACAUCGAACGGCGGCAACUACACGGGAGAUCUCACACGCAAAGUCACACACCUUAUCGUGUUCAAGGCAGAGGGGAGGAAGUAUGCUGCUGCCAAGAACUGGAACGUUCAUACCGUUUCUAUCGAAUGGUUAGACGACAGCAUCAAACGCGGCAUGAUCCUCGACGAGAAGUGCUACGACCCGUUGAUGCCCAAGGAAGAGCGUGGGAAGGGCGCGUGGACAAAGAAAGAAGUCCGCCGAGUUUCUCUCGGCAAGAGGCUGCGUGACGGCGCAGCAGCACAAGAUGAAGGGAAGAGAAAGCUUCGAAAGACUGCCAGCAUGAAGCUGAGCAGCCAGAGAGAGAACUUGUGGGGAGAUAUUCUAGGCAAACCACCAUCUAUGGAUCCCUCCGCGACCGGGCCGGAUGAAGAACCUACUCAAGUCGCACCGUCAAGAUCGUUCGGCGGGCAGUCCGCUAACUCGACGAUAAGGGCAGACCUAGCGGUGAACAAUGACGGUCUGGUGUUCCUCUCGAGCUUGUUCUACCCUCACGGGUUUUCUAGAGCGCAGACAGAUAUACUCAUUGGCGCCAUUACUUCACUCGGAGGCACCAUAGCUACAUCGCUAUCAGCUAUCUCGCCAAAAAGCUCUUCCAAACCAUUUUCACAUCACCUGCUCGUGGUCCCGCAAACUUCGAAACCCGAAUCACAUCCAACUAUUCCCGAGGGAGUCGAUAUCAUCACUGAGUUCUUCAUUGAGAAGUGCAUGCAUAAGAAACAGUUCUUCGAACCAAGAGAUCACGUUAUCGGCAGACCGUUUCCAGUCUCUCCUCUACCUAGCUUUGACAAACUCAGCAUAUGCACUGCUGGCUUCACCGGCCCUGAUCUGAACCAGGUCUCCAAGACCAUCAAUCAGCUAGGUGCUAGCUACGAAGAGAGGUUCACCCAACAAAGCUCAGUCUUGGUGUGUAGCUCCUUAAAAAGUGUUCGCAAACAGAAGCUCGAUCUCGCCUUGGUGUGGCGAAUCCCUGUGGUCAGCGCGGAUUGGCUGUGGGAAUGUAUAUCCACAGGGCAUAAGGUUCCCUUCAAUAAGUUCAUGUUCCCGGAGCUGAGGCAGAAGAUUACCCCUGAGAGGGAGGAUGUACCUCCUGAGAAGCGGAAGCCUGCCUUGAGCAAUCAAUUCGAAUCAGGAGCGAAGCCACACAAACAACACAUCCGAGAAGUUGACAUGUCAGCCUUUGAAAAAGACUCGAUUGGGCCGGUGAAACCGCAGGCUCCCGAGAUUUCGAAGGAAGAGUCAACCACAACCGCCCAUUUCGAGACUGCACCCACACAUCAAAGUAACGAGAGUACGGGCUCUGGCCGGGGGUCUGUUCCUCUUUCGGAGAAGUCAGCUAGUGCCCUGAACAAAUCGCCUAGUCCGCGUAAGCAGGGGAAGCAGCCGAUCCCACGAAAGUCUCUUGCGAGAGUUCGGAGCGAAGUCUGUGAUUCAGAGACCCAGGAUGAUGAGGAUUACACUCCUAACCAGUAUGACGGUCCCGUGAUGGCUGAUGCGGAAGAGCAACCUGAUGAUAUUGGAACGAAGUUGUUAGAGAAGGAAAAAAUAGCGGCCGCGGAGCGCAUUGCCCUAUCAUCACGGCUGACUACUCUUUUAGAAGCCACGGGUAGUGGUGGCGCCACCAUUAGCUUCGAGAGUGUCUCAACCCGAGAAGAAGAUUUUGGCCCCUCGGGUGUAAGACCGGGCGGAAGAAGAAAGCGUGGCAUCAUGGGCCGCGCGAUCAGCAACGUCUCUGUUGCAUCGACAGGAAGCGUUGACUCAUCGAGUGGCGCGGCAGGCGGCAAGUCUGCCUCUGCUGUGGCGAGCUUCCCGGUGAGCGUGGCUGCGGACGGGCAGGAUGAGUCAACGCAAAGGGGUCCCUCAUCGACACAGAUCGAAUAUGAGGAUCCGGAGGCGAAGAAAUCCAAGGCGUUACUUAUGAACAAGAUGCUUGGCACGACUGACGUGAGCACAAGCGCUAUUGUCGAUCCAGAUAAAGGGAAGAUUACGCUCAAGGAUAUCCAGGGAUUCCCACGAGAGGCUGAGGUCAUGCCAGGACGUUCGGGACGGAGCAUGCGCCGGCGAUGA